AUGUUCGAUGGUAUGGGCAUGGGAUCAAAUUGCAUUCGCAAACUACCGGGUGCAUUUGAGGCAGCAGGACUAGAGAACGUGACCGUCCAUUCAGUAGAUUUGCCCAUGGGUAAGCUGCUGGGUGAUGAUGAAGCAGCUGAGUUAUCGUGGCAGCCUUUCGUGAUUACCAUCCCAAGCUUCCUUGAGGGCGCAAAGGCCCUCGGUGUCAAGCUACCUGUUAUGUAUGAGAAUUUGGCUGAGAGGUUUGAGAAGGAAGUCAAGGAAAUGGGUGCCAUGUUUCGAGCGUUGGUCACAAUUGGACAAAAGCCAGCGUGA